AUGGUUGGGAUACAGUCCAUCGGCGAAACUGGACCUUGCGGUCGAACUCGCUCGAAAGGGUUUCUCAGCACGAUCCCUGUUAGCCUCUGCAACUCCUCCCCAUCCUCGGAAGAAGAGGAGCAGAUGGAUGAGCGGCUUGUAUGGGAGUGGUAUGGCACCCCGAUCAAGAGGCGGGGGAGCAUCAAAUAUUACAACGGGAUCUGCUGCUUUACAGGGAAGACGAGGAGUUACUUCAAGGUCGGGGACGACAUUGAGGUUGCUUCCUCCACACGACUGCCCUAUGUCGCGAGGAUCGAGGCUCUGUUCACGGACUCGAGCUCGAUCGGUGACGAGGAGACCAAGAUGGCGACGCUUCGUUGGUACUUCAGGUUGCGAGAUUGCAGGGGAAAGGAGGCCGCCAAGAAAGCGCAAGAGAUUACAUCAUCCCAUGAGCUGUUUGCUUCGUCUUGUCAUGACGACAAUCCUGUGCAAUCUUUCAUCAGGAUCUGCUACGUCGUUCCAAGAGUCUUCUAUGAGGCUGAGAUCUGCGAGAUCUACGAUGACAUGUACUAUUGCCGCGAAUAUUACUGCGCUAUGAAGGGGGUGUUUCUUCCGCACCAGGUGGACUUCAGCAUGACCAGGCUCCUCUGUGAGGUGGAGAAGCGGAGGAAAGAAGCAUACAUGUGCUGUAAGAUCGGCCCCCAGCACCAGUGUAUCAUCCCCGACAUGCAAGGGAGCUCCAGCGUUGAUCGCGGUCUCUACUUCCCCCUGCCCCGUACCCUAUGUUCGCCUCUGGUUUCCUCCCUUGACCCAGCCAUCGUCCUCGACUCUUGUGACGAAGAUGGAGCAGGAGACGUCUGGAUGUUUGACUCCUCUCUCGCUCCCAAGGUUUCUAGAGACGUCGAUCAGUUGGUGGACAGGUGGGCCUCGAGGAUGAAGACAGUGAGCUCUGGGUUGCUGCGAGAAGUUGUGCUCAUCGUGUUCAUGCGGAGCCGGGGAGAUGCUGCUGCUGCUCAGGAGCAGCUGGAGGAGCUGUUCAAGGAGGAUAUCUGCUAUGGACCAAAGUACAUGGAGUCGAUCGUUAGCCAGCUGGGCGGGAGGAGGUCGAGGAGGAGUCAGGAUGCCAUGGACGACGAUUCUGACAGGGAGGAUGAAACGGAAGAGAGCAGUUGGAGCGGCAGGUACAUGAGCUUUUCGAAGGAGGAGGAUACGGCGAAGAAGUUCAAGAAGGGCAGAGGGAAGGGGGUGAUGCAAUCUGUCGAAGAGAGCUUAGGAGCUCUCAGCCACGCCAAGAGAUCGUUUUCUACCGAUCCGGAGGUUGUGGACGGAGAUUGUGUCUACGACAAGCACCAGCCCUGUAGCAGAGGAGAAAGAGAAGGACGAAGACGCUCUGAGAAAGCGACAGACUUGCUAGAUGUGCUUCCUUCCUCUUCGUCCUCUUCCUCCUCCACCUCGGGCGUGGAGGUGGUCCGAAGCAGGAGAGGUGUGGGUUUGAGGAAGCAAGUUGAAUCAGUGCCACGGAAAAAGAAAGCACUUACAAAGAGGAGCAGAUCACAAUCAGAAGACAGUAACGUCGAAGACGAGAACGACGAGAACAAGGACGAGGACGAGAUUGAGGGCGAAAGCGGGGAGAAUGAGGACGAGGAUCACGAUGAAAGCGGGGAGGAAGACAACGAGAACAGGGGCGGGAUGCACCCGGAAGCUCAAAGUCAAGGAAGGAGGGAAGGAUGGCCUCCGGUGGGAAGAUUGUAUCUGUCGGUUUUCGGCGAUGCUGUACAAAUGUACGAGUGA